AGAUGAGAAAGGGGAGGAGGGGGAGGAAGAGAAGGAAGAGGAAGAUGAGAAAGAGGAGGAGGAAGAAGAGGAGGAAGAAAAGGAGGAGGAGGAAGAGAAGGAAGAAGAGGAGGAGGAGGCCUGGUGGCUUCUCUGCGUCAACAGCUGAAGGCCAAGGAUGCAGGAGCUCAGUGGAAGGAGCAGACGGCAGCGAGACUGGCCAGGAAGUGGGAGGAGGAGCUGACCUCUGACCUGGAGCACACCUGGAGAGUGUGUUUCUCCUCCACUCAGGACCUGCAGGCCGAGUGGGGACGGCGCCAGGAGCUGAGGGACGAGGUGUGGCUUCAUGGCGAGCCGUCAUCCAACAUGGGUCACCACGUCACCAACGUACCGCCUCUUCCAGGCUGCGGCUUCCUGCCGCUGCUCCUUUUGAAGCCUCUGGGUCACAUCUGUGUCCAGAGCUCCACCAGGGCUCAGUGAGUCAUGGUGAGGAGAACCGUCGUCCUCAGUGGUGCUGCUCCAUCAGAGAUUCAUCUGACGCCACGGCUUCUUCCACUGCCAGGAAGAAGCUUAAACGUCAGGGUGAGGCAAGACAGACAGACAGACAGACAGAGGGACAGGCAGAGAGAGAGAGAGAGAGAGAGACAGGUCAGUGUGACAGACAGACAGGCAGAGAGAGAGAGAGACAGGACAGUGUGACAGACAGACAGAGAAGACAGACAGACAGACAGGCAGAGAGAGAGAGAGAGAGAGGACAGUGUGACAGACAGACAGACAGAGAGAGAGAGAGAGAGAGGGAGAGAGAGGUCAGUGUGACAGAGAGACAGGCAGAGAGAGAGAGAGACAGGACAGCGUGACAGACAGACAGAGAAGACAGACAGACAGAGAGAGAGAGACAGGUCAGCUUGACAGACAGACAGAGAGACAGGCAGAGAGAGAGAGAGAGAGAGAGAGAGAGAGAGAGAGAGAGAGAGAGAGACAGGUCAGUGUGACAGACAGACAGGCAGAGAGAGAGAGAGACAGGACAGUGUGACAGACAGACAGAGAAGACAGACAGACAGACAGACAGACAGAGAGAGAGAGAGAGAGAGAGACAGGACAGCGUGACAGACAGAGAAGACAGACAGACAGACAGAGAGAGAGAGAGAGAGAGAGAGAGACAGGUCAGUGUGACAGAGAGACAGGCAGAGAGAGAGAGAGACAGGACAGUGUGACAGACAGACAGAGAAGACAGACAGACAGACAGACAGGCAGAGAGAGAGAGAGAGACAGGACAGUGUGACAGACAGACAGAGAAGACAGACAGACAGACAGACAGGCAGAGAGAGAGAGAGAGACAGGACAGUGUGACAGACAGACAGACAGAGAGAGAGAGAGAGAGAGAGAGAGAGAGAGAGAGGUCAGUGUGACAGAGAGACAGGCAGAGAGAGAGAGACAGGACAGCGUGACAGACAGACAGAGAAGACAGACAGAGAGAGAGAGAGAGAGAGAGACAGGUCAGCUUGACAGACAGACAGAGAGACAGGCAGAGAGAGAGAGAGAGACAGGACAGCGUGACAGACAGAGAAGACAGACAGACAGACAGAGAGAGAGAGAGAGAGAGACAGGUCAGCUUGACAGAGAGACAGGCAGAGAGAGAGAGAGAGACAGGACAGCGUGACAGACAGACAGAAAAGACAGACAGACAGACAGACAGGCAGAGAGAGAGAGACAGGACAGCGUGACAGACAGACAGAGAAGACAGACAGACAGAGAGAGAGAGACAGGACAGCGUGACAGACAGACACAGAGAGAGAGAGAGAGACAGGUCAGUGUGACAGACAGACAGAGAGACAGGCAGAGAGAGAGAGACAGGACAGCGUGACAGACAGACAGAGAGAGAGAGAGAGAGAGACAGGUCAGUGUGACAGACAGACAGGCAGAGAGAGAGACAGGACAGUGUGACAGACAGACAGACAGACAGGCAGAGAGAGAGAGAGACAGGACAGUGUGACAGACAGAGAAGACAGACAGACAGAGAGAGAGAGAGAGAGAGACAGGUCAGUGUGACAGACAGACAGGCAGAGAGAGAGAGAGACAGGACAGUGUGACAGACAGACAGAGAAGACAGACAGACAGACACAGCAAGACAGACAGGCAGACGGACAUACAGACAGAGAAGACAGACAGACCGACAGGCAGAGACAGACACAGAAAGAGAGACAGGACAGUGCGACAGACAGAGAGAGAGAGAGAGAGAGAGAGAGAGAGAGAGAGACAGAACCGCAGGUUUUGUCCAACUGCUUUAUUGCAUGUCCCUGAUCUCUGCCGUCAGCCUUGUUAAACCUGUACCUUCCUCCUACUGUGAAGAUGAAUGAUUGACGCUGGAGGCGGCAGGUCACGCAGCAGGUCACCGUGACACGAGGCUCUCGCCCUCAACUUCCUCUGUUCUCCAGCCUUUUACGACCUGCAGUCAUGGCUCUGCUCCGUCCCGUGAUCCGUCAUGAAGAUAGCUGCGCUCGGAAAUGACUCAUCUGCACUUAAGUGUUACGACACCAUGGGACUCCACUGGCUGAGAAGGUCCUUCAGGCUGGUCAGGUGCAGCAGUGGAGAAAGGCCCCCGCCGUCCAAAUCAUUGACAAGUCCUUUAUUGAGGGCAAUAUCAAAACAACAUACAAGUUCAUUGGCCAAGCAACACUGUUGGUGGAGAUACAUUCAAAAGGAACCUUUUGGACGCAGUAGCACAGCACCAGCACACACUGUGAGCAGUACCAACAUACACUGGUUCGCCACGACCCGCACCCCACUAUCUGAGCAGCAGAUGAGGGCUUGAUCUGCUGCUCACAGCUCCAUCUCCAUGUCCUCCUCUCCAGAGUGGGGCGCCACGUGCUCCGCCGGGGUGGGGGGUCGAGGCGGGGCGGGGCUCUGCCGAACAGCCGUCUGCUGUUUCCGCUGUUUGUGCAGGGAGCCCUUGAGCCUGCGACAGAAGGGGUCCUCGGGCGGCCGCCACAACACCAGCUCCAUACAGGAGUGACUCCUGCGCACCACAGGGAAGAGACAGUCGCGUCUUUAGUUGGGGGACGCCAGUCCGGCGAGGCGUGAAGCCAGCGGGGUUCUGACCGACUCUGUGAGAGGGAGAGAGAGGGACGGGAAGAGGGAGCACGUACACGGACUGGGCCACGGUGUGUGGCAGGAUGUCGCCCAUGCCACGCUGCAGACCUUCCUUCAGACUGUCGGAGAGGACCAGCACCGGCCGCCGGGGCGCCGGCUCCACCUCCAGAUCCGGGUCCUCGUCGUCGUCCUCCAGCGUGAUCCUGCCACAGGGUCACAUCAGAGACUUGCCGCCUCUCGGCCUGUUCUGGCCAGCGCUCACCUGCUUUCGAUCUCCCGAAGCUUCCGCUGAGCCGCCUCCAUCUCCAGGCAGGAGGGCUCCGCCCGGGGCCCCCCUGCCUGGGGCCGGGCGCCGCACAGGCCCGGGUGGCUGUGGCUGUGGCUGCCAGUGGGCGCCUGGGUCUCCGCCGCCAGUCUCCUCCUCUUGGCCAGACACCCUCUGUGGAGAUCAGACUGUGACUGUGGUGGCCAUGAUCCGGCGCUUGGCUGCUGCCGCACGUACUCAUCUGCACUUCUCCUCCUCCGGUGCUUCCUGAGGCAGCGAGCCUCCCAACUGCUGGAAGAAAACCACCACCACCACAGUGAGCUGCGUGCGCCUUCAGGGCGCCCGGCCUCCGACACUCACCUGCCGGACAGUGAUGCUGGCUGUGGGUGCUGGGCAGCCGGGGCUGGACCCGGGGCCGGACCCGGGUCCAACUCCGCGAGGCUCGUGUGGCCUGGGAACGCGCACAAGCCGAGCUCGUGCGUCGGUGCUCUGGCAUGAUGAACGGCCGUCCACUCCAUGGACCUAUGGGGCUGGAGGGUCACAGAGCGCGGCAGUCAGACCCUCCAACUGGAACCAUGAGCUCAGUCGACAUGGCGCUGAAGAGGAGCGGCGGGUUUACACCGAGCUAAUGGGCCACGAUAAUCGGAACAUCGAGCAGAGAGCUACGCACCGAGCAGCUGUGCGCUGUCACUCAGUGCUAGCCGAUGCUAGCUCGCGCAACACCUUCAUCAAUUCCAGGCCCAAACGUUCGCCGGACAUGGAACUACAGGGUGCUUCCGUGUCACGGACAGGAGCAGAGGCUUGCAAGGUCUGGGUCUCUGUCGCGGCGGGAGUCAGGCGAAAUUCGGGUCACUCCCCCAAAAGUGAGACGCACCGGAGGAGUCGACACACUUGGAGACGCUCUUCCUGUGCACGCGGUGCAUUGUGGGAAUUGAAGUCACAGCUUGACGGUAUCGGGCUGAAACAGCGAUGUGUUUUGAAACGAGCUGGAAACGGUGCGCAAACUUUAGGAAAGGGGAGCAGACAGUGAUAGCGAGUUGACGUGACGUCAGUCGAUGUGGUCAAAGUAGCGGUGCCAAAGAGUGCAUGUGCGACAAGAUAGUUGCCCCCACCCCCCGCGCGCGCGCGCGCCCAUGAGUUCGUCCCACGGCCCUCUGUUUCCGAGCGCGUGUGUCGUCACAUGGGACGGGUCAUGUGACCGUCAGCUCCAAGUAGAGGAGGUCGCCGCUGCUUCCUGUACUCAGCCUGAAGUUGACGUCUCCGUGCGGCACCUUUGAAGCCAGACCGUCCAAGAUGAAUCCCACCGUGAUCAUCUCGGGAUUUCUGCUCCUUGCCUCGUGUGUAAAAUGUGACACUGAAGGAUCCGGUGGAAACGUGCUGCUGUUGCUCAACCAGAACCUUCUCCGGUCCUUGGAGGGCCAGAGUGGACUUCCCAACCCAAGUGUUCACCUGGCGCUCCGGCUCUCCGGGACCCACAACCUUGCCACGGAGAGUCUGUACCUGAACAGAAUAAAAAACGAGUUGCAUCAGGACAUUCAGAGCCGCCUCUCCAGCCUCAAGGCUGUAGCUGGUCGCUUGGCUCUUUACACCCUGGCACUGAAGGCCUCCUGCUACGACCUCAGCACCGUCACCUUCAGUGUGGGUGACAGGCGCGAGUCGCUGCUGACUCAUCUGAAGAAGCAGAUGGAGGAUGAAAAAGAGCAUGUGACACACAGCCACCGACCCCUGACAAACUACUACCAGUACUCGCUGGGUGUCCUGGCUCUGUGCGUGAGUGGCGUCCGGCUCAACGUCCACGUCAGCAACAAGCUUAUCAGGGCCGUGGCGCAUGAGCGUUUCAACCAUGGAGAGAGCGAGAGCGUGGACACGUAUGCGAUGGCUGGGAUGGCGCUUCAGUGUGUGAAGGACUCCGGCCUGUACCAAGAGACCAGUGAGCUCCACGCAGCGCUCAGCAAGAUCAAGCUGAAGUUGCUGGCGUCGCAGCGGCAAGACGGACAUAUUGGCAACGAAUUCAGCACCGGCCUGGCUGUGCAAGCUUUAUUGGCCAUGGGACACCUGCUGGCUGAGGAUUCGGCCGCCGUGGAAGCCAUGAGAACUGCAGUGAAAGACAACAAAUAUCACAAUCCCAUGGCCAUGUCUCAAGUCCUGCCAGCCCUCCAGCUCAAGUCCUACCUCUCGGUGAAAAACAAAGACUGUCUGAACGAAGAUGACACUCUGGUGCUGGAGCCCCUGGAUCCAGUGCUCAGGCUCCCAGUGCUGAGCACAGUGGCUGUGACAGUUGAAGUGGUCCUGUCGAGCGGGGCGUCGGCGCUGUACAGCUUGGCCGUGCCCCAGGGAAGCUCUGUGCUGGACGCUCUCCACCUCCUGCAGGGGAAAGACGCUGGUUUCAAGUUCCAGACUGAAUCCAGCCUGUGGGGACCUUUCCUAAGUGUGGUCAAUGGUGAGAUGGCCAGACAGAGUGAUCGCAGAUACUGGCGCGUCUCGUCUGACGGAGUGGGCCUGAACCAAAGCGUGGGCGACUUCAAAAUUGAAGCUGCUCAACGGAUCACCAUCGAAAACACCACGUACUGAACUGAUGAGCAGCCACUGGACUCUCUUGACCGUGGAUGGCCGCAUCUCUUUCAUUUGAAAUACUCAUGCGCGAUUUGUGUUGCUCCGAUCAGGAGUCGCCGUGUUUUUAAAUAAAGCUG